AUGGGUCAAGAAGCUGGCAAACCUGCCUGGCCCAGACCAACAGGAGGCUAUCAGACCAUUACAGGUAGAAGAUAUGGAAGAAGACAUGCCUAUGUCAGUUUUAGACCGUCUUUGACUGGCCAAGAAAGGAAUGGACUGCAACUCAGCAGAGAAUGCGAAGGAUUAGAACUGGAUGAUGUUCAGAAAGAGAAGUCGUUGUGUUCCAGUCCAUUGGUUCAAGUUUGUUCUGGUUUAUCAGAUGAGCCUCUGUUAGAAAAUGUUGAAACUGAAGCACCUGUUUGCCAAACUGUAUCGAGCCAAACUUCUGAGACGAACCAUUCUCCAUUUUCUCUAGUUUCUUACUGUUCGGAAGGCAACCAGACCUCAGGGAGCAUGAUGAAUCCUGAUGAGAUUUCUGAGGACCUUUCAGAAUAUGCUCCUGGAGAGUGUAAUGAUUUGAAUGGCCAGAAUGGAAUUACUUUUGUAAACAUUGACUCUUAUGAGCCAGAUAGCAGUGAUGGAGAGGAUGAUGACAGCCAAGGCCAUCUUUCUCUGACACAGGAAGAAGCAGGCUCAUUUCAGGAAACACUAGAUAACAUGCUUUCUGAGUUAGAAAAAGGUGUAGAGUCUUUUUCUCAAUUACAGUCCCGGUUAUCCGGUCUUAACCACAGUGUUUCUAGGGAAUGUUGUGAAGAAGUGGGACCGGUGCCUUUAAGGAGAUAUUCUAACAGAGAUUCAGACUUGACUCAUCAAAGCAACUGGACAUUUAAAAAAACUUGUGCUGAAGAUCAAGCUAUACUGAAAAAUAACCUUUGUAUUGCCACUUAUGAUGCACAGAGAACAAAAGAUAUAGUGGAUGUUGGAAUCAGAACACCAAUUUGUAAUGAAUUAAAUGUCAGUGAUGGAAAGACUGACCAAGGGAAUUUGUCUGAACUCGUGGUGAGACCCAAAAUUAGGAAACAAAAUUCUGCAAACCAGUUGGAUAGAAAGAAACUGCUCCCUAAUGAUGAUGAAGAGAAGAGCAGUUCUAGGAGGCGAAGUGAAGUUGCUGAAGUCCAGCAUGGCCUUGCAGAAUGCACCUCGAGGAAUGGCAAAGAAAACAUGAGUUCCAGUAUAUACUGUGGCCCCAGAGAUGAUGAAGGUACACUGAAGAAUGCAAAAACAGGUUUAAGGAAAAAUGUGACUGCUCAGGAAAUAAAAGCUGUAUUAGAUGAUAACGCUUUCUGGGAUGAGUUUGAAGACUGCAGCAGACACUUCUCAAUGUCACACAAAGAUGAGGACAGCUCCGAAUGCAGUGACGGAGAAUGGUCUGCGUCUCUGUCUGCAUAUUUUGCUGCCACAGAUAAAGACCAGUCCUCAAGUGAUGAGAGCUGGGAGACCCUCCCAGGCAGGGAGGAGCAAGAGCCAGAAGUGCAGAGCUACAGCAGUGGCCUGGAAGAGGAGAGCGCAGACUUCUGUUUCCAAGGAGGGGAACAGACAUCUUUGGAGGAAGGAGAGAUUCCCUGGUUACAGUACCAUGAAGAAAUAGAAAGUAGCAGUGAUGAGGAAGAUGAUGCAAUUAGUCACUUGGUGCAUCCUGGCUGCUUUAUGUUGGAUGGGAACAACAACCUUGAGGAUGACUCCAGCAUGAGUGAGGACUUGGAUGUUGAGUGGAGACUGCUUGAUGAGUUUGGGGAUGGCCUAGGUGUCGCUCAAGCUAUUUCGUAUGAGGACCCUGAAUUUCUCACAUAUAUGGCAUUAGAGGAACGCUUAGCACAAGCUAUGGAGACUGCGCUGGCCCAUUUGGAGUCCCUGGCCAUUGAUGUGGAACGGGCUUAUCCACCAGCUAGUAAAGAAAGCAUAGACUGUCUGCCACAGAUUGUUGUUGCAGAGGACCAUAAUGGGCAAGACCAGUGCUGUGCAAUUUGUUGCAGUGAAUAUGUAAAAGAUGAAAUCAUAACAGAACUACCCUGUCAUCAUUUUUUUCACAAACUCUGUGUAACUCUUUGGUUACAGAAGUCAGGAACAUGCCCUGUUUGUCGUCAUGUGCUCGCCCCCAUGCUCCCUGAAGCAGCUGCUGCCACUGCCGCCUCCCUGUCUGAUCAGGAUUCCUCAUCUCCUGCUCACAGUGCGACAGGAACUCGAAACUAGUGUCUGAAACGAAGUGUUGGCCCUCAAAAUAAAAAUGUAAAUUUCUGCUGUUUAAUUACAAUGUGAAAACAAUUAUACAU